AUUUCCUCUGUUCCACAUUCCGAUAACCACACUCAGAACUAGCAUCACUUCCACCAUGUUCAGUGGCGGAGCGUGUGGCCUCCGAACCUGUUGCCUCCGCCCUCUGCGUUGGCCAGUCGAGCCUCUCCGUCGUCGGACCACUCGGUCGCGCUUGGCUUGCCGCCGGCGGUUCUCCGCCGCGAGCUGCUCGGUCUCGCGCUCGGAGGCUAAGCAGAAGGUCAUCGUGAUCUCCGGACCCACCGGAGCUGGUAAGAGCAGGCUGGCGCUGGAGCUCGCCAGGCGGCUCAACGGCGAAAUCAUCAGCGCCGAUUCCGUACAGGUCUAUCGGGGUCUGGAUGUUGGAUCUGCAAAGCCUUCCCUGAGGGACAGAAAGGAGGUGCAACAUCAUCUAGUUGACGUAUUACAUCCAUCUGAAGAUUAUUCUGUUGGCCAAUUUUUCGAGGAUGCAAGGCAAGCUACUAGAGAUAUUCUCUCCAGUGAUCGUGUUCCUAUAGUUAGUGGAGGGACUGGUCUGUAUUUGCGAUGGUAUAUGUAUGGAAAGCCAGAUGUUCCGAAAGCCUCUCCAGAAAUAUCAUCUGAAGUCUACUCAGAGCUUGCAGACUUGCAAAAAAAUGGUGAUUGGAAUGCAGCUGUGCAGUUGGUGGUCAAAGCCGGUGACCCAAAGGCCCAGCACUUGGCUGCAAAUGAUUGGUACCGCCUCAGGCGGAGUCUUGAGAUAAUUAAGUCCAGCGGAGCACCUCCAUCUGCUUUUGAGAUGCCUUAUGACUCAUACAAGGAGGAAGUCCAAUCCAACAUGAGUGAUGGAAGUCAAGAAGUCAAGUCUUCUGUUGCAUUUGAGGAUAUUAGAUCGAAGGAUUUGGAUUACGAUUUUAUUUGCUUUUUCCUCUCAAGUCCAAGAGUUGAUCUGUAUAGAUCGCUAGAUCUCAGAUGUGAAGAUAUGCUUUUAGGGAAUGAUGGAAUUUUGGCGGAAGCUCGUUGGCUUCUUGACGAGGGUCUUCUCCCAAAUUCAAAUUCUGCAACUCGAGCUAUUGGUUACAGACAAGCAAUGGAGUACCUGAUGUGGUGUAGGCAACAUGAAGGUAGGACUUCUGCACGGGAUUUCUUCGCUUUCUUGUCUGAGUUUCAGAAAGCAUCCAGAAAUUUUGCAAAAAGGCAGAUGACAUGGUUCCGGAAUGAGCAUAUUUAUAACUGGCUUGAUGCUUCUCAACCACUGGAAAAGGUUCUCAACUUCAUUUGUCAUGCGUACCAUGACCAAACUGGAGAGUUCAAUGUACCUGAGUCACUUAGAAUGAAGAAAAUCUCAGGCCACCGUGAAGUUGCCGAACUUAAGGCAUACCGUACCGAAAACAGGCAUUUCAUUUCUCGCGAAGAUUGUUUGGAUAUUAUAGAUUGGAUCAGGAGAACCCAGGGAUCAACAGAAAGAACUUAUUCAUUCUCCUGAGUGAAGAUACUUUGCUCGUCAUGACCUCACAGAACUUGGAUACAUGCAAAGGAUGCAAAUCUUUUUUGUUUUUUUUUUAAGUUAUCACUUGAACAAUCUUAACUGAGAGUGAAAGCAAUUGUAGAACUUUCCCCAAGGACUGGACGUUCCAGAAACAAGACCAUUUACAGGAUCAUUCAACCAGCUUGCUCAUAUAUUGAAAGAUCUUUCCUGUCAUGCUGUCCAUUUCCUUGAUCAUCCGGUCAGGUAUGCAAGUUCAGUAAGGUGUAUUGCCCCAACCUCUCUUCUUGGUUUGGACGUCAGUGGGGAAAUGAGCAUCAUCAUCGUUUAGCACUCAUGCUAAGGAAUUUAGUAUCCUCGCAGCAUUUGAGGUUUGCCAUGUGUAGAAACAACCAUAAACCAAAAGUGGAUGCACGGAUCCUCAAUUGAGUCUUUGGUUUUGUCAUUACAUUUCGCCUCUGAUGUAGAUUCAUUCUGAGCAGAUUCAUCAUUGGACACAUUGUGGCUCAUCUGCAUUGGCCUCUACAGUUGUAUUUGAUUGGACUUUCCUAUUGUCACCUUCCGUUGGAGUCACUCGUUUGGCUUCUCUUCCAAUCUUGUAAUAUUAAUUGCAUAUGGAAUGAAAUCUUGUACUUCUUGAUAAA